AAGUACAAAUUUUACGCAGUGGAUUUUGCGGUUAAAAUGUAUGUGAAGUGCCUAUGUCUUUUAGUUCUGAAAACUGUAAAAAAUUAGUAUUCUGUGAAAUUUGAUACUUCCACUUUAAUGGAUAGCAAGAAAUUUCCAUUUUCACGUGGACUACCUCGCGAACAAAGCGGAAUUCGCGCGGACUCGGUAAAAUACUAAAAUUAAAACUUUUGCUUUUGUUUCCUGUCAUUCCACAGUAUUUCUUUGUAAAAAAUGGACCAAAUACAGAUUGCGGAAGCCCGAAUACCAAGAGGGGGCGAUAAAGUUUAUAAAGAUCAAUGUAUUUACUGUUUUCAUGGACCGAAAUUUGCUGGCGGUCUUUACAUCUGUGUAAAAACUUUUUUUGGUUUUUGUGCUAAACAUGUGCAACUGUACCGAAGAAAAACCGGCAUAAAUGUCUACCUACAUUACAAACAAGUAUAUAAGCCUAAAGAUAGACCAGAUACACUUCCUGCUGACCCGCCUAGAAAGAAACCAACAAAAUUGGCAAUUGGAGUUGAGGGUGGUUUUGACCUAAACGAAACCAAGGUUGAGUAUGAAGAUAUAUACACUCUUGCUGUCUUUGGUGAUGGAAAUCAAGAUGUUGUUGUUAGUCUUGAAAAUGAACAAAUACCUGCACUGGUUCAACUGUCAGUUGCUGGAAUCAUAUCCACCAAUGCAUCUGCAUUUACCGAAUCAGUUUCAUCAUGGAAUGGUGAAAAAAGAUCAAUAUCAAAGUUUGCCGAAAACCUUUUGCAACUAGAUAAUGGUGUUAAAAUUCCACCCAGUGGUUGGAAAUGUGAAAAAUGUGAUCUGACUCAAAAUCUUUGGUUGAAUUUAACCGAUGGCAUGAUUUUGUGUGGAAGAAAGUUUUAUGAUGGUUCUGGAGGUAACAAUCAUGCUGUUGAACAUUACAAAGAAACAGGAUAUCCACUUUGUGUCAAACUUGGAACAAUCACGCAAAGUGAAGCUGAUGUAUUUUCAUAUGCUGAAGAUGAUAUGGUAAUCGAUCCAUAUUUAAGCAAACAUCUCGAACAUUUUGGUAUCAACAUCACUGCGUUAGAGAAGACCGAUAGAACCAUGACUGAAUUGGAGAUUGAAAUGAAUAUGAAGUUACAGUCUGAAUUUGAUGCCAUUCAGGAAUCUGGGAAACAGCUAAUUCCAUUAUAUGGUCCAGGUUGUACGGGAAUUCAUAAUCUAGGAAAUAGUUGUUACAUGAAUUCUGUAUUACAAGUUUUGUUUGCGCUUCCUGAAUUCAACAAAAGGUAUGCAGAAAUUAGCGAUAUAAUAUUUGAAGAACAAUCAUCCGUGGCUGUCGACGAUUUCCAAGUUCAAAUGUCAAAGUUAGGAUCUGGUUUAUUAUCAGGAGACUACUCUAAGCCAAUGACGAGUGAUGGGACUGAUGAAGAAAAAGUUGUUGAAGAGAACCUACGCGGUAUAUCUCCUCAUAUUUUUAAAUCCGUGGUUGGCAAAGGACAUCCAGAGUUCUCUACAAGUCACCAACAAGAUGCCCAAGAAUUUCUUCUCUAUUUUUUCGAUAUGAUUGAAAAAGUUCAGAGAACUUCAUCGAGAGGAAAUCCAGUUGAUAACUUCAGAUUUAAGGUAGAAGAACGUAUAGAGUGCAUCGAAUCAAAAAAAGUAAAAUACCAUCUUCGAGAAGAUUUUUCGUGGUCUCUCUCCAUCCUGGAUGAAAUAGUUAAUAAAGAUGAAUACGAAGCAUUUGAGUUAUUUCAGAAAGAGGCAGAGAAAAAUAAAGAAAAAAUAGAUCCAGAGAAGGUCGUUCGACCUCGAAUUCCGCUAAAAACGUGUAUAAAGAACUUUGCCAAAGAUGAAGUCAUCGAUGGUUUUUAUAGCACUGCUUUGGAGAGAAAAUCACGUGCGAAAAAAAGAACACGUUUUAAUACUUUUCCAAACUAUCUUCUAAUACAAAUGAGAAAAUUUACAAUUGGUGAAGACUGGACGCCUAAAAAAUUGGAUAUCGCUUUUGAUGUCGAUGACGUCAUUGACAUUAGUGAAUUGCGAGGUUAUGGAUUGCAGCCUGGGGAAGAAGAGUUACCGGAGCAAUUGGAUGAACAGCAAAAUGAUCCACAAAUUGAUGAAAGUGUUGUCGAACAGUUAACAUGUAUGGGAUUUCCUGUAAAUGGAUGCAGGAGAGCGGUAGCGAAAACCGGUAAUAACGGCAUCGAGGUGGCGAUGAAUUGGAUUUUUGAUCAUCAAAAUGACGACGAUUUCAACGAGCCUUUGCAAAGUCAGUCAUUCGCUACAAAGAAUGAGGAAACAGCGAAUGAAGAUUCUCUUGCAUUGUUAAUGUCGAUGGGUUUUAGCCGAGAGCAGGCAGCAAAAGCUUUAAAAAUGACGGAAAACAACUUGGAACGUGCUGCUGAUUGGAUAUUUUCUCAUGCCGCUGAACUCGACAGCAUGGAAAUGGAUGUGACACAAGUUGACACUGGACCACAAUGUCCCGAUGGAGAUGGAAAGUAUCAAUUAUUAGCAAUAAUCAGUCACAUGGGCACCUCAACAUCAUGUGGUCAUUAUGUGUGUCACAUUUUGAAAGAUGGCAGGUGGGUAAUAUUCAACGAUAGGAAGGUAGCGUUGUCUGAAAACCCACCAAAAAGUUUGGGUUAUUUGUACUUGUAUCGAAGACUUUAACCUUUGAAGGAUCUGGAGAGAGUACGGUUUGUAAAACAAUAAUUGGUUCUAAUCAAAUUAUUCACGAUUGAAAUUGUUCUAUUCACCAUCUCAGUGGGAGAUUUUUUGCACAAGGAUGAGAGCCCCAACAUGUAUUUGUGCUUAUCUAAUUACAGCAUGGAUUGUUGUGCAUUUGGAAAAAACAAACAUAAACUUGUGAGCUUUUCAAUGAUCCAAUUGAAAAACACAUUUGUUUUGGCGUUUUUUCAAAAUAACCGUUGUUAUCAUUUUUAUUUAAUUUGUUGCUAUGACGAUAUGUUUUGUGACAAACGAGUCACAGAACUGAUAUUUGUGCAACAUAUUUCUAGUUUUAAAGACAAAUUUAUGAACUAAAACUUUUUUA